CUGGGACGGCCGUGCCCGUUGCCGCCCCACUCUGCGUGGCUCCUCCCGCUGCGCCGGCCAUCCCGCGCGGUAACGGCCAUGGAUGUCAACCAGCCCAAGCAGGAGCAUUUGCUGGCUCUGAAAGUGAUGAGGCUAACCAAACCUACCUUAUUCACUAAUAUUCCGGUGACUUGUGAAGAAAGAGAUUUGCCAGGUAAUCUAUUUAACCAGCUCAUGAAAGAUGAUCCUUCUACUGUAAAGGGUGCCGAAACUUUGAUGUUAGGAGAAAUGCUGACUUUGCCUCAAAAUUUUGGAAAUAUAUUUCUGGGAGAGACGUUUUCCAGUUAUAUUAGUGUGCACAACGAUAGCAAUCAAGUUGUCAAGGACAUACUGGUGAAGGCUGAUCUUCAGACAAGUUCUCAGCGUUUGAACCUUUCAGCUUCUAGUGCUGCAGUGGCAGAGCUUAAACCUGACUGUUGCAUUGAUGAUGUGAUCCAUCAUGAAGUAAAGGAGAUAGGAACACACAUCUUAGUUUGUGCAGUAAGUUAUACUACACAGACUGGAGAGAAGAUGUACUUCAGAAAGUUCUUCAAAUUUCAGGUUCUUAAACCACUAGAUGUGAAAACCAAAUUCUACAAUGCGGAGAGUGACCUCAGUUCUGUGACAGAUGAAGUGUUUCUGGAAGCUCAAAUUCAGAAUAUCACUACCUCUCCAAUGUUUAUGGAGAAGGUUUCAUUAGAACCAUCUAUGAUGUACAAUGUUGCAGAACUGAACACAGUUGACACAGCAGGGGAAAGUGAGUCUACUUUUGGCGCAAGAACUUAUUUACAACCUAUGGAUACACGUCAAUACUUAUACUGUCUGAAACCAAAGCAAGAAUUUGCAGAGAAAGCUGGAGUAAUAAAAGGUGUAACAGUGAUUGGUAAACUAGACAUUGUAUGGAAAACUAAUCUGGGUGAACGAGGAAGGCUGCAAACUAGCCAGCUCCAAAGAAUGGCUCCUGGUUAUGGCGAUGUAAGGCUUUCACUGGAGACAAUACCAGACACUGUAAAUUUGGAAGAACCUUUUGACAUUACAUGUAAAAUAACAAAUUGCAGCAGUGAAAGGACUAUGGAUCUGGUUUUAGAAAUGUGCAAUACUAAUUCCAUCCACUGGUGUGGAGUUUCAGGAAGGCAACUUGGGAAGCUGCACCCAAGCUCAUCCCUCCAUCUUGCACUUACAUUGUUGUCAUCAGUGCAGGGAUUGCAGAGUGUCUCUGGCCUAAGACUUACAGACACGUUUUUGAAGAGAACGUACGAGUAUGAUGAUAUUGCACAAGUCUGUGUAGUUUCUUCAGAAGUCAAGCAAAGCUGAAGAAAAAAAUUCUGUAGUUCUGGUGGGCUCGUUUUUUUUUUUGACCAACUUCUUGAUGAUUUUGCCGUCCAAUUGUAUUGAGUACAAACAAAACUAAAUCCCUAUAUAGCUGUAAAUGUAAUAAUGAUUAUUUAAUUUCUCUGAGCAUUUCUUGAAUGUUUUAAAAUCUUUUAAAAGAUGCAUAUGCAUUUUAUCUACUAAAAAUAAAACCUUUGAAAAAAGUGUAGUUCUAGCAAAUUAUAUUGCAUUUACAUCAACUCAGGACAGGAGAAUGAGAUUGAUAAGAAAUAGUAGCAUUUUUUACUUAUUUUUCUUAAUUUUUUUAAAGUAUUUAAACCCUUUUAAAAUCAUGGUUCUGACAAAACUGCUUCAGUUUAAAGGAACUGACCUUUUACAGACAAGUUCCUGGAAUUGAAAUCCCUAAAAGAGAUGAUGUGGGAUACCUGCCAUGGCAGUGUAUUUGCAUGGUACAUGUAUAGCCAUAGGAAACAAAACCUGCCAAAGGCAUGAGGUGAAAGAGUGUUGGCACUGUUGAGGCAUGAGGAGCUAGGAAGUGCAGUAUAAGCCGAAGACUGUGUUGGUUGUGGCUCACUAUUUGAAGAGGAAGCAAUAUAGCAAAUGUGUCCCAAUUAUCUGUAGUCAAGCGUUGUGCGUCCCUGCACUACACGGCGUGCUGUUAGCAGGCAUGUUAUUUUCCAAUCAGUAGGAAAUUGAAAACUAAAACAGCAGAACUCAGGUAGUUUUUUAUUGUUGAAAUAAAAUUAUUCUUUCCAUCCCACAGGCAUUUAAAUAGAUGUUUAAGAAAAAGAAGGGAAAAAAAACCCCUGCGUUGCUGCCUUAGAUCAAGUUCUCUAAAGCAUAUACAGAAAGAAGUUUAGAUCUGGUCAAGCACUACAAUGUGCUUUUCCCUAGCUUUGUUUUGACAAAAACUGGAAACAUUUUUGGCUGAAAUAUCUGUGAUCACCCAGAGGCAGCCAUUUAAUAAAUAAAAUGGUGACUGUCUUUCCAAGUUUAACACUAGGUAAACUAGUGUUAAAGACUCUAAUCAGCAGCUUGUAUUUCUCAGCUACCAUGUUGGCACUUAGCAACUUCAGUUAGUUUUGACAGUAUUUUACUUAAGGCUUUCCUAUGUAUAAGAUCUUAAAGUGUAGAAUUCAACAUUAAAAUACUGGAUAAAUUUAGGACCAGCUUUGUAUAUUGAGGGACUACGUCCAUACAGGAAACAAUAAAUGGGAAAUGUAUCCUGCCUAAGUGAUAAAACUCAACCAGCAUGAACAGGUAUUUUAAAGAAUGCAGUUUACCUGUUCCCUGAGAUACAUAAAAAAUUAAACCAGAAAACCACAACUGUACAGACAAAAAAGUAUGUAACUUUAUUUAUAAUAUAUCUUCAAGUUAAACUACACAAAUUGAAGGAGAUGUAACCACAUGGCAAUAAGAGGUAGGAGAGAUACAGAAAUAGUAGACAGGUUGCAUUAUGCCAGUAUAACUUGCUCUAGCCAUGAAACAGUCUACUCAAAGUUACAGAGCUAGUUCUAUCUCAGUAUGCAUGAGUGAUUUUACUUUGCACUUGUUACAAAACCAAGAGUGCAACUGAAGGAAUUUCUAAGCUGAAUAAUUCAUUAGGUGUCUUUAUGAUCAUAGAAGAAUAUACUCCCAUGCAAGCAGGUUACAGGAGUUUACAAUUGAUUGCAAAAUAUUUUCUUAUCUAACAAAUUAUCAUACUUACACACUGAUGGAACAGUAAUGAUACAAAACCAAUUAGGUGUAAAUGCGGAUUUGCUCAGUUGAACAAUAAACUGCAAUUGAUCUUAAAUUAAAGCAAUAUUUACAGGGAUUGUGGUUUACCACUUUAUCUAGCAGAAUGCAAAACUUUAGCGCAAGAUACAGUGCAGUUACUACGCAGGGAAAGAUUCCUUCCACACCCUGUGAUUAAGACAUACUGCAUGACUGAAACAAUCUAGGCAAUUCAAGGAAAAACAGAAUUUAGCAUAAAUGAUCUCUCUGUUCCUGGUUUCAGUGGAAAAGCAUGUAAUGACAGCUCCUGUUACUGGUUUCACUGUUUUUUGUUUAGGCUAUAAAGCCCUUUCUGUUAAUAUACAAGAAACAGAGAAUGUUUACUAGUAAAGUAUUGUGCCAGUCAGUUGUAGGACAUUCCUGAAGGCUUAGCUAAUGCUGUUAAUGUUUUAAUAUAUACUCUGUAUUAUAUGAAGUAAAACCUAAACACAAAAAUAUUGUAGCAUGUGAAAUGAAAGUUAGAACUCUAUGAAGAUGAUUUCAAGAGUAGUUUUCAGAUAACUAACCGAUGCUUUGUUUCAUUUAACCUUGGAGAUUGUUCCCCCAUAAAUCCAGUAAGCUAUGGAGCUUGUACUUGACAAUACAACUUCUUCUGCCCUCUUUGGAUAUUAAUAUAUUUUGUAGUUCUUAAGGAACUCUCAUGAAAUUCUUGACACUCUGUCUUACAGCAGAAAAGUAACUGACUGCAUGAGGAUUGCUGUUGCAAAGUGAGAAUAAUUUGAGUUUGUAGAGAGAUAUUGGCAGAGCUGUCCAGUCCACCAUGGAUUUUUUAGUUCCCCCUAUAAAAGUUAGUGAAAAACACUUUGAGCAGUUAAAGAUAUGAAAGAGAGAAUUAAAAGGAACUGUGAAGUUUAAUAGGAUACAUACUAGGUGCAAUGCUUCUCUCCCAACACAACACACUAUUCCAAGUAAUACCUGUACACUUUUGGUAGCCCACCCACAGCCUCCAUAAAUCUUUCUUCUAAAUGGCAUUCCUGUCCUACUCAACAAUGUAAUUGAACUUAAGUAACAGUUUUCUUGAAUGGAUUAGAUUCAGGAUCUGAGCUACCUCUGAAAAAGGAUCCCUUUAGGGAUUCUCUUUCUUGUCAUCAGAUGUUGAGUCAGAAGCUGUUACUUCAAAAUAUAUUUAAUGUCAAGCUUAAGUAUCUCUACAACCUCAAGAAAGCAACUACACCAACUUAAAGAGAGAGUUUUAAAAAGCAUUUUAACGCUGUACAAAGGCAAGCUAUUCAAUAAAGUAUGAAAUAUCUUAAAAUUGUUUAUCUAUUAAGCUUUACCUCUUUAUUCAAUAGAUGGUAAUAUGGAUUUCCUAGAUUUGUGUAUUCUCCAAUUCCUUUCAUUUCUCGUUGGAUCCAAUUGUAUUUUUCUCUCUGGUUUAGUAGGGUAAGGUUCAUACCAUAGGUGCACAACUAUAAUUUAUUAUUAUCAUUAUUUAACCCCAAAUUUUGCAUUUGCUGGAAAAACUCUUUUAUGAGCACAAGCUCUGUUGGAUAUAAAGUCUGAGUUUCAGGAGUUCCUGUGUAUUUCUCCAUUUGGGAAACUAUCAUUACUCCUCCACAUACCUCCUUCAGACCAACUGGCCAUUGUCUAAGAAAUCAAAGCCAGUUCCUCAAAUUUAUUUAGAUAUACCAAGAGGAAAGUGUGUUGUGAACCUCCCUGGGCUAAGAACAAGUGUACUUUGUAUCAGAAAGCAGUGUGCAACAGUAAGCAGAGUAAAAAAAGUUAACAUACUAGACAUAGAGAAGAGCAGCAGUCUUGAAAGAGUAAUAUUAACUGAGCAAGAAACAAAUACUAUAGAGUGGAAAAAUCUUUAACUUGACUAUAUAACCAUCAUAUUAGAUAGAUAUGUGUAAUUAAACUUUAAAAAAAAUCCCCAAUUGUUUAAGCCAGUGAUUUAUCACACAAGAAUAGAAAAAGAAUCCUUCUAAGGCAGUUCUUUUUUAAAAUUUUCAGUACUAGUUAUUUGUACAGUCACAGGCUCAGUUUUAGCUUAUUACAGUUAAGAAUUUUAAGUUUAUAUUAAAUACUGCAUACAUACGGAAUGUAAUACAGCUUGCCAUGCCUAGGAACAUAGUGCCAUAAUUCUGACCUCCAGGGCUACCAUCGUGGUGUGAGGGUAUACAUGGCAGUAGAAAAGCCUAGAACUUCUUUCCUUUCCCAAGCCAAAUUCCAUUUUGAUUUCUUUGCAUUAUCCUACACAGGCUUAUUGUCUUCUUUUUCUCUACAAUCUGUGGUACUCCUUCAUAUGCAAUCAUUUCCCUCUCUCCUGCCCAAUGAAGUUGAAAAAUAUUUCCUGUUACUCAUGAAGGCCCCUCCCCAGGCUUAAAGAAACAGACUUCUCAAGCAUGAGUUUUUAGUACACUAUACUCCAACACUACUUAAUGCUCAUUAUAAAAGGGCACAUCAGAUGGGCCUAUUGUUUCAGUAUUUCAAUACUGUUUAAGGGAGUACAGCCAUCAUGACUCUCACCAUAUGAGUAACAUGUCUUUUACACUUGCAUUUUAGAAGUAGCUGUUAGGCAAGAUCAGCACACUCCCCACCCAGUAGCCCUGGAGGUCAAUCUGAUGCACAUACUGAAAUGACUUGGACUUGGGGAUUUUAAUAAACCACCUAUUCAGUGUAUUAAUUUUCAGAGGAGUAACUAUACAUAAACGCUAUGUUCCAAGUUAUGUGCAAGAGAUCUGUUUACCAGAUUUAUUCUUGUUUGCAAACACACACAAAGAAUUGUCUGUCUUCUAUUCAAGCAGAAGAGUUACAAUGGUGCUUUUGCUACUAACUAUGGUAUGCAUUUUGGGGUUAUACAUCAUUCCAACUCAUAUGACUCCAUGAAGUCAGGAAUGUUCUUCAGUGCUGCCACUCAAGUAUCUGCUCCGGAUAUGAUUUCUCAGUUGCUCUAUGAGCUCCGGAUUCUGCUGCUGUAUCUGCUGUGCAAACUGCUGCCCCCUGUGUUGAACAGUUUUAAGUGAAAUCAGCAAAUGAAAGUAGCAUUUGUAAGAAAACAGAAUAUGCCAACGCAGCUGAAAGGUGCAUUACAUUAAAAUUAAGAUUAAAGAUAUCUUGAUUUCCCAUUUUAAGGUCUUUGCAGUAUUAUGACUUUAUCUGGUUAAGGUAUCUCCAAACAGGAUCAUCAUCAUAAAUCUAUUUUCAUUCUUUAGUACUAUUACUUCUACUUGGUAACAUGGAGGAGAAAAGUAUCACCUUACAAAAUAUGUUACCUUUUAUGGUAAAAUAACACAUCUGCUCCAGUGAUUUAUUCCCUUCUUUUUGAGAGGAUCCACUCUAACUGUUUAAAGUAACUACUCUUAAGAGUUGAUGUGCAACCUCAUGUUAAUGGCUCGAGAAAUACAGUGUGCAGCUGCCAACUUGUACUUGUGAACAAGAUGUCAUUAGUAGAAGGCAAGCAUACUAUCAAAUUUUUAGAUCUUGCGUGAUUGAAGUAAUAAACAGAUCCAUCUCUGUAACAGCUGUAGCUUAAGAGUUAAAUUAAUAGGUGAGACUAAUUCCAUGUAAAAGAUAAGUGUAACACUUGUUUACUAAUAAAAAACAAGUAAGUAAAAAAUAUGACUUCACAAAAAGCCUAGCUUGUCCUCUCUGUUACUUCUACAUCUUGUGCAAAUAGCAAACUAUCAAGACUCCUUCAAUCCCCAGUGCAGACUGAAGGAAAGCCACAUUGUCAUAGAUGUCUGUGUAGUAAACUUUUUUUGUGAAAACAGCCCUAGAUUUUUGCAGUGAUACAUUUCUGUCUGUUACGUAAAUUAUAAAUUACUUUUGCCCUGAAGAGGUGAAACUUAAAAAAUAGUUUGAAAUUUGCUAGAAUGCUGAAAUAAAGUAAAAUUGUAUGCCCUUUAAGAGAUCUUGGCAUAUAAGCAAAUGGCAUGUUUUUGUGCAGACCCUUCCAGAUGGUUAUCAUCAUUAUACAAUAAAAGCCUUGCGUCCUGGUUUUUGUAAA